AAAAGCUUAUUUGACCUCCCCUCCACAUAAUCUUUAAUAAUCUUGAUUACCACUUCGUAUAUAUUUUCUGUGGGGUGAACUCACUUGAACCCCCCCCCCCCCUCCGUGCCUCCUUUUGUGAGCUUGGCGGACCAGGUUUUUCCUCUCAAAAAUUCGUUGAUCAACCAAAGCUGCUUUGUCUCAUUUACGGUCAUGGCUCCCCAAGUUAUCUCGGGGCAUCAAGGUGGUAUAAUAACUGUUGCAAUCACAGCGCAGCUUUCCUUUUUGGCAACACUUCUUCUCAUCGGCAUUCUCCUAUACUAUCGCUUGCGCCUGUGGAAUCCUAAGUCUCGGAGUGUCAUCGGUUCAGAGGAAUUUUGCCUCAAGUUUCUGCGCAGCCAGUUCGCCAUCCUUUUUAUCGACCUUCUUGCUUCAGAUCUUAUUCAAUCACUGGGGUUUUUGCUCAAUCUUGCUCACGUUGGCAAACCCAUUAUUGAAGACUCUACAAUCUGUACCGUUCAAGGAGUAUUCAUUCAACUCGGAGAUACCAGCGGUGCCUUCGCCACAGUAGCCAUAGCAGUUCAUACCUUCAUUGUUCUUAUCAAUCGCACACCACCUUCAACUGCUGCUCUACUCAUAGUGCUAGGGAUGAAAUGGGCCUUGGUUUUCAUUUUAGCAAUGAUUGGCCCGCUUGCCUUUGCCACUGAUGCGCUUGGUCCUUUUUAUGGCCCAGCCGGUGCUUGGUGCUGGAUCAGCAGCGCGUACCCUUGGCAGAGGCUUUGCUUGCACUAUGUUUGGCUAUUCUUUGCAGGUGCUGCCUCAGCAGUAACAUAUGCUUUGAUAUUCUGGAACGUUCGACGAAGGCUCCGAACUCAAUAUGCACAAACAAGCUAUGAUCGAUCAGUCGAAGAAACAUCCAUGGAAAACGCCGCGAAAAAAAUGCUCGUUUACCCACUUUGUUACCUGCUGCUCAUGCUUCCACUAGGGAUCGAUAGAAUCACAGCAAUUUUUGGCCGUACGUGGUCUCUUGACGUCCAGAUUGCAUGCGGAGUAAUAUUUACUCUGGUAGGCCUGGUAGACUCGGUAGUUUUUUGUUGGACUCGCAAUAUCUUUGCCAUUCGAGCCAGAUCCCCAAAUCCUGCUACCGAAUCAAACCAUGGAGAUACUUCGAAAAACACUCUCCCCGAUCCUGCAGAUCCGAAAUAUCGUCAGCCUUUCAUCAGCCCCCAAUCUGGUCUCGAGCUGAAGUCAGCAAGUGUCGCAGUCAAGCCAGCAGAGAAGUCACUCUCAAGCCGGAUCAAUGGGAAUGUCAUACAAUUCAUGCCUGCGAAGUAUUCCCUGGCCACCAUCGACAUGAACUCAUUUGAUGACCCUGAACCAUCCAAUCCGCCCACGUCAGAUUCAUCGGCAUCAAACCGGAAGUUCUGAUGGUAUCCAUCACUUAAUUAAAGUCACUGCCUUCUUCACGCAUAUGAUAAACCACUAGUAUUAGAUCAUUCUAAAAGUCUCGUUGCUCUGAUUUUCGCUUUGAUUCCUAAUCCAUGAAGUCAGUGCUAAAUAGGGAAAUAAUUCAUGGGAGUAAUCGAAAAAAGGAAUGUCUCUUUCUGUAUCUCAUUUUUUUGAAAUGUUCCCACCAGCUUUGAUAGAUGUAUUUUUAUGCCUUCA